AGUCGGCCAGCUGCCAUGAAGACUGCUCUGGCCCUGCUGCUGCUCAUCUCUCUGGUCUGCCACAGCCACGCCCUCAAAUGUCACCAAUGCGUGGCGUCCAAUGAGGACGACUGCAACCGACAGGGCUCCACCUCCUGCCCUCAGUAUGCUGACGCCUGCUCCACCAUCACAGGACCCAACACUGUGAUGAAGUCGUGCUCGUACAAAGCAUUUUGCGAAAAGGCUAACGGCGCCGGCUCCGGAGCCAAGAUGGAAUGCUGUUUUGGCGACGACUGUAACGGGCCCCACCGGAGCCACAGCCACGGUCACCACAGCAGUGCAGGAGCUCUGGCCUCCAGCCCCAUCCUGCUGAUCACGGCCCUGCUGCUGCGCGUGGCCGCCAGUCAGCUGUGAACACUUCAACUUUUCUUUUCCUCCAGUGAUUCAUCAUGUGUUCCUUGUCUGUUUAAUCAUUUGCUGUGUUGUCCAUCCAUCCACCCACGCUUUUGUCUUUGUCACUCUGCCCCUCAGAGAUUUUUAAUCGAAGUUUUCGAAAAUGAUUUGUACAAAGGCCCAUG